AUGCCGGCUCCAGCGUCAAAGCGUAUCAAAGGCGUCAAAAUCUUCCGCCACUUCAUCAUCGGCAACGAAGCGCACAACCUGCCUCAUCCAGGCUUCCCCGAUCCCCCGCCAGAAGGACACACCAAAGGCUGGAAAGUCUACGUUCGACCUCUACCAAAUGGACCGGACAUGACAACAUGGCUAAAGAAAGUGCAAUUCAAACUUCAUCACACAUACGCCGAUGCUUCGCGAACAGUCGAAGCGCCCGGGCCGUUCGAGGUCUCAGAGACAGGAUACGGCGAGUUUGAACUGGAGCUGAGACUCUAUUUCGCUUCGGAGAGCGGGGAAAAGGCGCAAUAUCGUAUACACGGGCUCGCUCUGCAUCCGUACGGUAGCGAGGAUCAGCGCGCCCAGCAAGAGCGAGACAACACAAUCAUCGCGGAGCGACUUGAGACGAUCGAGUUCAACGAGCCGACACAGGACUUCUUCAAGGCGUUGACAAAUGAGGAUCAGUUCAAUUGGUUGAAGGUGAAGAAGGGUCGCGGAAAAGGAAAGAAGCCUGACUAUGUCUUUGAAGGAGAUGUAGAGCCUACCACGCAGCUUCCUGACAAGGCGGAUACAAGUCAUGGACAACCAAGAGCGGGAGGCGCGUGGAGUUUGCAGUACGAGCGGCAGAUGAAUGCGCAGUUGGAGCAGGCCAAGACAGAGCUGGACAAGCUGUUGGAGGAAGAGAAAAAGAGGGCGGAAGAAAGGAAGAAGCAGUUGAAUGAGAUCAGCACGCAGAUAGCAGCGAAGUGA